CAGAGAGAGAUGGAGAGAGAGAGAGAGAGAGAGAAAGAGAGCAUCCCUACUCUUCAUUGUCCAUCACAGAACUGGACGCCUGUCACUGGAAUAUAUUUCUCUAUUUUAUUUCUUUUGACGUUCUUGAGCUCAGCACCUGAGAGACUUCUUUGUGUUUACUUCUAACUUGAAACUGUGUUUUUUUGUUUUGGCUGUUUGAUGAUGUUCCCCCAUCACUUCACCACCAGUGAAACGGACAGCUUGACCAACAGCAGCGGUGAAGCUCAAGCAGUCGCGCGUAGGUAGGAUGCACCUGUGAACUAGCCUCAUGAAUCGUGACGCUGAGGAACUGCGUUAUUAGCGUCGUGGGGUUUUUCUUUCUCCCUCUACAUCUUCCCUUCUCCGCAGUGAGUGUGUGUGUGUGUGUGUGAGUGUGUGUGUGUAACAAGGACCUGCUAGUCGCUCGGCUUAACAAAAACACACAGGAGUGAGAACUGCGAAUGAGUGAGUGGAGAAAUGCUAAGAAAUGCUAAGAAAAUGGAUUCUGAUGUACAAAUUCACCGACUCACCGGCUGACUGACAGAACUUUUGAUCAUUCCGACGCUUAUUUGUGUCAUUUCUUCACACUCCAUACUUCAUCCUUUAUCAAUAUCACAGUUUGUUUGUUUUUUUUUUUAAAAAGAAGAAAUCAAAUCUUACAUUUUGACGAUAGAUCAGCCUGAGGACGAAAACAUGCGCGCGUGCCAACAUGAUUUCACUGCGAGUUACCUGAGAGGAAAGGGCGGGAAGCGCGCGCUGCAUUGAACAAAAAGGAAAGAAAGAAAGAAAGAAAAACGGUCGCGUACAACGGCAAACUUACACCAUGGGGUGAAGAGGAGAAAUGAAGCACUGUAAGUAGACUACAGAACAUUUUGAACCUGUUUUUUUCUCCUCUAAGUAUCCAUCUUUGUUAAUAGGAUACUUAAAACAAAAUAUAUACAAUGUAAAAAUAUAUAUUGACUUUGUUUAGUUGUGAGUAAAACUACUUGUUUACGCAACAUUACAUUUUACAGUUUCAGGUCUCAGUCUUCGUGAUUUUUUACUUUUUCUUCUUGUUUAUAUGAAUUGACAUUGAGUUUCUCAAGAUGUUAAAUUAAUGAAUAAAGUUUUUUUUUGUUUGUUUGUUUUUUUUAAAAAAGGCUCAAAGCCUCUUCAGACACGUUAUUGUUGUUGUUUCCGGCCUCCUCAGAGCUGUUAGCUCUGCGUGUGGGAGUUGUGCUGAGUGCAGCAAAGCUCAAAAUGGUGGACUGACUUUUCCUCAUUAUCUCGCUUGUCUCUAUUGCAACAGUCAUUCUCAGCAUUUCCUUACUGUUCUCACUUCUUCAGACUUAAAUGGAUAUCUGUGCUGAAGGGGGCAAAAAGGCCCAUUUGUUUUCACCCUGCCUACUUUUCCUUUGUAUAGUUUUGUGAAGUAGCUGAACAAUGUACAUCUGAGAAGAUGUGAAACACACUAUUGACUCUGUGUAUCUACACUGAAGAAAACUUGCCAAUGAUUAUUAUUGCAAAUCUCCAAUAUGCCUUAAGGCAUCAACACUGACGAUGAGCCAGACUGUAACAAUGGUCAGUUUAGUUGAACGUUCAUAGUUGGUUUCUACUACUGAGUCCAUCAAAAUCACCAUUUUGCUCUUCCAUUGAUAAUCUUUUAAUUUAUCACCCCCGACUAAUUCAGUGGGGGGGGGGACUGAAAAUUACGCUUUUUAGGAGUGACCUUGCAUCUGGUACCAAAGCCUGGGCCAUGGAGUCAAACCCAGACAGCCCUAGCCGGGCUGUGGAGUACCUCCUGGAGCUCAAUAAUAUAAUUGAGAACCAGGCCAAGCUCCUGGAGACACAACGCCGGCGCAUUGAGGAGCUCGAGACACAGCUCGACCGAGUCAACCAGGAGAACCAGGACCUCCGCUUGGACAGGAAACCUGGAGCUGACAGCUCCACGCAGAACCACAAUCAUGAACAGAACUCAAAGUCCAGUGGACCAUCGUCUUUGAUGAACCACAACGCCAGCAGUGUCCACCAUAACAACAGCAGUAACGUACCAUCGUCUACAGUCCCUGGCCCCGCUCGGAGGACCCACACCAGGCUGAGCCGAGGCCUAUCAUGUGGUUCAGCUCCCGUGGAGAAGGAGAGGGGAAGGCUGGAGAGGAAUGAUAGCACUGGAACCAACAGCACAGCUACUCUACGGAGACAAACCCAGAUUGAUGACUUCAGAAGGAAUAUGUGUGAAGACAAACCUGUGAUGAUGACACCCUUCCCAAAACAAGCCCGAUCCUGUGUUGAUGACGAGUCUCGGACCUCAGAGUCAGACCCCUUCUCAGACAGCAGUAAAGCACCUUAUCAGCAUCGCUCUGACUGCUACCGGGAAGGAAGCUGUGGCCCCCCAGGCCCCCGGGGGCCGGUUCUGGGCCCCCCAAGCCCAGCUUGCCUCACCUGGGCUCAGCGCACUCGUAACCAGCCGGCUAGUCUGGCCUUACGCAAACAGGAGGAGGAGGAGAACAAAAGGUGCAAAGCUCUGUCUGACAGCUAUGAGCUCUCAACUGACCUCCAGGACAAGAAGGUGGAGAUGCUGGAGAGGAAAUAUGGUGGCUACUUCCUGAGUAGACGAGCAGCACGCACCAUCCAGACUGCCUUCCGCCAAUAUCGCAUGAACAAGAACUUUGAGCGCCUGCGCAGCUCAGCUUCUGAGAGCCGCAUGACACGGCGCAUCAUCCUGUCCAACAUGCGAAUGCAGUACUCAUUUGACGACCGCCAGCCUCAAGCACAGCCUCAGACCUGCCACAGCCCCGGCAUGGGCCCUCCGCAUUCACCUGACCUGGAGCCCGAUUCACCUGCCCAACCAGAAUAUACACAUUUAGAGGACUCCUUCUCUAAACAGGUGAAGUCCCUGGCUGAUUCCAUUGAUGAUGCGCUAGCAUGCCGUCCAGGUAGAGACGACUCCCAGGACGGCCUCGGGGACAGUGGUGCUGUAGAUGACUUCGGUGAGUGCAUCUGGAGCAGCAACAGCCACCCAUCUCUCCGUCGGGGACUGGCUGAACGGGAGCGAGGCAGCACAGGCGGUGGUCUGAGCAUGCACGAGGAUAGCACAGCCACGUCAUACAGUGAUGUCACACUCUACAUGGAUGACGGUUUGCCCUCGUCACCCCUCUCUCUGGACCGGGCACCAAGCAGUACAGACACUGAAUUCUGGGGGGGGAUGACCAGUGGGGUUGGUGGGCGAGAGGACAGCCGGGACACCGAGGGAGGUGGCAGCAGCAAUAGCCGGCGCAGCACGCCAUGUACAGAGUGCAGAGAUUACCGCCUCCGAGGGGCACAUUUGCCUCUGCUCACAAUAGAGCCACCCAGUGACAGCUCGGUGGACAUGAGCGACCGCUCAGAUCGCGGUUCCCUAGGCCGGCAGCUGGUGUAUGAGCAGGACUCAAGCGGGGGUUCCCCUCAGGGCACGCUAAAGCAUAAUCCCAAUGCCAAAGCACAAGGCCAAGCACGUCCAGCUAGCCGCCCAAUAGCAACACACAUCCCACACCAUGUGACUCACCACCACCAUCAUCACCACCACCAUCAUCACCAGUAUCCUGAUACUCCAUCGUCUUCCUCAUCCCCCCAGCAGCCCCCCACUACGCCUCUCUCAUCCUCCUCUUCCGCACAGCUGCCUUCCGGUGGUUUGGAUCAGCAAUGUUGCUCAGAUGGUGACAAUGACUCACUAAACUCCACCACAAACUCCAACGAGACCAUUAACUGCAGCUCUGGCUCAUCAUCUAGGGACAGCCUGCGGGAACCACUGCCACCUCUGGGCAAGCAGACGUACCAGAGGGAGAGCCGCCACAGCUGGGACUCUCCUGCUUUCAACAAUGAUGUGGCACAGAGAAGGCAGUAUCGCAUCGGACUCAACCUGUUCAACAAGAAACCAGAGAAGGGCAUUCAAUACCUGAUAGAGCGUGGCUUUGUGUCAGACACGCCCGUUGGCAUUGCCCGCUUUAUCCUAGAGAGGAAGGGCCUAAGCCGACAGAUGAUUGGGGAGUUCCUGGGCAACCGACAGAAGCAGUUCAACAAGGAUGUACUUGAUUGUGUGGUUGAUGAGAUGGACUUCUCUGGAAUGGAUCUAGAUGAUGCUCUAAGGAAGUUUCAAGCCCAAAUCAAGGUGCAAGGAGAGGCCCAAAAAGUGGAACGACUUAUUGAGGCUUUCAGUCAGAGGUACUGUGUGUGUAACCCUGCACUGGUGCGGCAGUUCCAGAAUCCUGACACUAUCUUCAUCCUGGCUUUUGCCAUCAUCCUCCUCAACACAGACAUGUACAGCCCAAGCGUCAAACCAGACAGGAAGAUGAAGUUGGAUGACUUCAUUAAGAACCUGCGAGGAGUAGACAAUGGACAGGAUAUCCCACGUGACCUGCUGGUGGGGAUCUACCAGCGCAUUCAGAAGUGGGAACUGAGGACCAAUGAUGACCAUGUCUCCCAGGUCCAGGCUGUGGAGAGAGUCAUCGUGGGCAAGAAACCAGUCCUGUCUCUUCCCCACCGCAGGCUGGUGUGCUGCUGCCAGCUUUACGAGGUGCCUGACCCCAACCGACCACAGCGCACCGGUCUACAUCAGAGAGAAGUGUUCCUCUUCAACGACCUGUUGGUGGUAACAAAGAUCUUCCAGAAGAAGAAAACGUCAGUGACAUACAGUUUCCGUCAGUCAUUCCCUCUGGUGGAGAUGCAAGUUCACAUGUUCCAAAACUCCUACUACCCUCAUGGCAUCAGGCUAACGUCAGCAAUCCCAGGAGGUGAACGUAAGGUGCUAAUUGUGUUCAAUGCGCCAAGUCAGCAGGACCGCACACGCUUCGUCAGUGACCUGAGAGAGAGCAUUGCCGAGGUGCAGGAGAUGGAGAAAUACAGGGUUGAGUCGGAGCUUGAGAAGCAAAAAGGCGUGAUGCGGCCCAGCCUUCUUAGCAGCAGUGUGGUGGGUGGAGGUGUGGGCGGAGUCAAGAACGAAGUAGUGAAUGGCAGCAUUGGAAGAUCUAGUUUGGAUGACAACUAUUCACCCAGUGAAGGCCUGAAACGCACUGCUCUCAGCUCCUCACUUAGGGACCUGUCUGAUUCAGGGAAACGCGGUCGCAGAAACAGCGUUGGUUCCCUUGACAGUACAAUGGAAGUAAGUCUGAGUGGAGCAGAGGGUUCCAUCAUUAGCAGUCCACAGCCUCACCAGCGUUACCCAGUAGCCACUGUGCUAUCGAGCUGCUAUGGAACCGAAGAGUACCGGCCUCACCGCCCCAUCCUGAGCCCCGGAGUGGGGGUGGGGGGUGGGCCGGGGCAGCAACACACCACGGUGCCCGCACCUUCUGGCACUGUGCCUCCAGCCUCCAGCAGCAGCAGCAGCAGCGAGAGAGGUGCCACCAGUGGGACGACGACCAGCGCCACGUCCUUCCUGGGAUCACUGUUUGGGACGAAACGGGCCAAAACACCAGGCCCCAUCAUCCCGCCGGGGCCACCCUACCCCGCCCCUACGGUGCCAGCACCACCACCGCCUCUUUCCCCUUUGCCCCUGUGCCCUCCAGAGUCCACUGGCACAUCCAAGAUCCAGUACUGCCACACUAUGGGUGCGGGCAUGGUUGGGCACCCCCCGCCACCAUACUGCCACCCGCACCAACGCUGCCAACACGGUGGUCCACAACGCCAGCAUGCCACGCUACAGCGGGUCACGCUACCACGCCGACCAACCCACAACUCCUCCCCCUAUCUGCCACCGCUCUCCCAACAAGCUUUUCAGGUUCGCUUCGGGAAUUCGGGCAAUGGGGGCUCGACGUGCGUGCCUCCUCCCCCCCUUUCUCCUCACUCCCCACUAUCCCAACUCCCGCCGUUUGCCCUCUGCCACGCACAGCACACACACUCGGCCAGAGGGGGCGCCGCUGUGGGCAAAACACCACUAGUGCUGUCACACUCACAACCACACCCGCACCAACACGCACACUCCCACGGGCAUACGCCCCACCCUGCCCAUCCGCCACACUUCGUGUUCGCCAGCCCGCCGCCGCCCUUCCCAGCGCCCACUCCGCCACCCCUGCCAGCCUCCGCUCCACCCGCCGCGGCCCAGCACGCGUCGCCGGCCGCCCCGUAUCCGCCCCCGUAUCCUCCGCUUUCCUCCAUCCCACCUCCCCCCCUCCACUCCCCUUUACCCCCCCCUUCCUCCCCCCUUACCCCUCUUACGCCUCUCUCCCCACUCCCCCCCCCCCUCGCACCCCGCCCCGCCACCGCCACAGGUCACGGCACCAUCGCCAGGUCAGACUGGCACGGCCGACCGGGCCAAAUCCAAGCCUGCCAGCCGGAUCAGCACGGUAGUAUGAGCAGGGGCAAGGGAAAGGUGCGCUCCUGGGGCUCGCUACGAGGUCCCCUGGUGGUGGGAGGAGGAACAGCAGAAAGAUUGGAAGACAUGGGAGGAGGAAGCCGGACCAGGACGGAGGGCAGCAAGAGGAAACGCAACCUACUGAGACUCUGUUACUUUCAUUUGCGCUUCCCACAAGUAUAGAGGGAGACAGGACAUGGGAGACAAUGUGCGUAUACACGAUAAGCACAUUUAGAAAUGCACUACAUGAGUAAAACAGGGUCCGUCAUCAUACAGCGGAUUACAGUACAAGAAAAUCAAAUCUCAGAAAUGAUGAAAAGAAGCACAACUGACUUUAACUGAAAGUGUGUAAGUUACUGACUAAGUGACAAGCAAAGAAUUUCUUUGUUUUCUUCUCUUUCUUCAAUUGUACAUCAAAAUUUUAGCCAUAGCACAUAAGAGAAAUAAAAUGCAGCCAGGUAUCAAA